CAGUGAUGAAGGGUGGUUGUUUGACCACGCAAUGAGGCAGUGAUCUCUGAGAUCUUGGUUGAUAACAGCAGAGGUGUAUUUGGAGGGAGAGUUGGUUAGGAUGAUAUCUAUGAGGGUGCCCGUGUUUACGGAUUUGGGUUUGUACCUUGUAGGUUCAUUGAUCAUUUGUGUGAGAUUGAGGGCAUCAAGCUUAGAUUGUAGGAUGGCCGGGGUGUUAAGCAUGUCCCAGUUUAGGUCACCUAGCAGCACGAGCUCUAAAGAUAGAUGGGGGGCAAUCAAUUCACAUAUGGUUGCCAGGGCACAGCUGGGGGCAGAGGGUGGUCUAUACGGUGAGAGACUUGUUUCUGGAAAGGUGGAUAUUUUAAAUUAGAAGCUCAAAUUGUUUGGGUACAGACCUGGAUAGUAAGACAGAACUCUGCAGGCUAUCUCUGCAGUAGAUUGCAACACCGCCCCCUUUGGCAGUUCUAUCUUGGCGGAAAAUGUUAUAGUUAGGGAUGGACAUUUCUGAGGUUUUGGUGGUCUUCCUAAGCCAGCAUUCAGACACGGCUAAGACAUCCAGGUUUGCAGAGUGUGCUAAAGCAGUGAAUAAAGCAAACUUAGGGAGGAGGCUUCUAAUGUUAACAUGCAUGAAACCAAGGCUUUUACGGUUACAGAAGUAAAAAAAUGAGAGCACCUGGGGAAUAGGAGUCGAGCUAGGCACUGCAGGUCCUGGAUUAACCUCUACAUCACCAGAGGAACAAAUCAUGUUAUCAUGAUGCCACUUUGAUUGAAAGACAUUGUCAUGGAUGUUGUGUCUAUUCAUUCUUUGUAGUGAUUCACAUGGAACCAAAGCAGGGUAGUGGGAUUUGUUCUACUUUGACUGCUGUGUGUAAAUAAUACAUCCAAAGAGGAGAAGGGUUAGUUUCCUGUUCUGGGGUAAAAUGGAUCACUGGAGCUCAGUGUUUGUAAAGGAUACGACGAGAGCCUAUUGGAAAGUGUAGUAGAGGCUAAUUGGCCACACUUCCUAAGUCAGGAGUGCCUACCAGUCUUUUCCAGUAUUGUCGGUGAAGAGUGUAGAAACAAGUGUGGGAUAUUAUGUCACUCUAUAAAAAACACAUCCAAGCGUUCUGGUAAAUAGUGUGAUAAUUGUUUGUCAGUAAAGUCAGAGUCCCCUGUUCUCACUUUCCUGAUAUUCAUAAAUCUAAAGAGAAGUUAUAUGAUAAUCUGAUCAUCCAUAGUGAUUCCUUCAUAGAGGAUGAUAUCAACCACCUCUAAGUAGUUUCUAAGUAGCAGUGUAAUUAAUCAAGCUAGCAGGCCCCCACCCAAGCACUUCUGCACUUCUGCCACCUGUUAAGGUUUCCAAGCACAACCGGUAGAGUACGGUUUCUCUCCAGUCCCUCGUGCUGACCUAUCACAUUACCCAAUGAAUAUUUCAUCCAUUCCUCCAGUGAUAGGAUCAUUCACCUCCCAGAGACCAGUGGAGUAAACACAACACUAGACAAGGAUUAAUUCCUGAAGUAAGGAGAGUAUCUCUUGGUGGGAUUUGGCAGUUGAUGAGUUCCAUCCAUACUCGAAGCCUAGUAUACCUACUUGUCUACUUGUAAGGUUGAAUCAGGUGGAAUCGGACCACAUCUCUGGAUCUGGAUUCAACAUGUCGCUGAGAGCCACAUCUCACAGCAACCUGCAGUGCCUCUCUUCACCAAAGCCUCUGGCGCUGGACAACGGGAUAUACAAGUCUUUCUCCCUGAGCAGCAGCAAUAUGAAUGGGAACGGGGGAGGUGGCGGGAGGAUAGUGUUUGGGAAGGAGCAGGUGGAGGAGGUGAAGGGGUUCUCUACGCCACACAGGAGGCCUGUGCGGGCCGUCAGACCGGUUAGUGCCCACAGCGUUAACGUCAGCGGAUCCUUCCUACAGAUCAACCAUCUGCAAGGAGAGCUGGUGAGGAAGAGAAAGGAAUGUGAAGACCUAAAGAAGGAAAAUAAGUAUCUAUCCAAUGAGAUCCACAUGGAGCGGAUUAUGAUGCGGACAGAGAAUGAACUCACCAUGAGGAACCUGAGAAACCUUAACCAGGAGCUCCAGGCCCAGGUCAAAGAGCUGAAGCACAAGGUGUACCUGGCCCAGCAGAGGGCGACGUUGUGCACCCGAGUGGCGGAUGAGGCGACCGAUGCGCGGGGCGAGGCAGAGAAGCACAGGGCCCUUGCAGAGGCCCGGGCCCACAGCCUAAGGAAGGACAGAGAACUGACGGAGGCAGACAGGAGCCAACUGAGCGAGGACCUGCUGAAGCUAAAAAAACAGCACCAAGACGCUCAGCUUCUUCUGGCACAAACGGAGAAGAACUAUUUUGAGACAAGGCUGAAGCUAGACAGGAUAUCAGGAGAGAAACAGGCUCUGCUGGAAGAGAACAGAUGUCUGGAGGGGGACAGGGAUGCUCUGAGGCACAAACUCAGACAAGUGAUGGAUGAGAACACAAAAGUCAACGAAAAGGAGGUGAGUUCGAGGCACAGGGCGUUGGUAGCGGAGGAGCAGAGUGAGAAGGACAGCCAGGCGAAGCAGGAAGCUAACCAGGAGAGGCGGCUGGUGGAGAAGGAGAGGCAGGAGCGCACAACCGAGUGUCUCAACUGGAGGGAGAAACAUCAGGCUCUGGCAGACAUCUUCAAAGCCCAGGAGGACCUCAAGUCUCAGAGGCAGAGCAAAGCAUGUCAAGCUACUAUCAAAAGCUUUUUCCUCUGCAUGACAGAAAAUGACCAGAGGGUGAAGAUUCUGAAGAAUCAAGAUGGCACUCCCAGGAACUUCACAGAAGGGGAUCCAAUCUUCAUCUCCACACCAGAGCAUGGGGCUGAGGAUGCUGACAGGAGCUCAUCCAGGAGCAUGUUCAGAGUAUCUGCCCCGCGAGUGGGAAAGGACCUGGGCCCAUCUCACUUUGGUGAUCUGUCUCCCGGCCUGGGAGGGGAGCACGAGGCCGGGCAUCCACGGAGAAGCAGGAAAACGGUGGAAUAUUUCUGGAUCCCAACAGAUGAGGAAUGACGGCAUUACGCACAUUGUUCACUGACGAGUUACAACCCAUUUCAGAAUAGCCUGUUUUGUUUGUUGAUGCUUUUCUAUUUACCAAGGGAAAAAUGGAAUGUGUCGUUUAAAUGUAAAGAAUAGUCAACUUUCAUGAUGCAAAAGAUGAAACUACAAUUAAUCAUGAUCAGCAUGGGAAAGUGGAACGUGAACACCAUUUAUAAAGACAUUUGUAAUAGUUUGAAUUAAAAAGUGCAAAGGACAACAAGUUUCAGUGCUCAAGUAUUGGUCUUUAUUGACAGUUAUGCAAUAGGUGCACAAUAGUCAUUUCUUGAAUACAACAUGAUCAAAAUCUAUUGCUUUCUAAAUACACAUGGCUUGAGAGCACAUUGGCUAAUCUUAUUGGGCAAAGUUAAAAUGGUAUUUCUCAUGAUUUCAUUAAGACUUGAGUUACUGGUCUGUUGAGCCUUUUUUCCUGAUCUACAAGGGGACGACUGAAGCAAGAGCACUUUCUCUAGGUAAUCCUUUAUUCACCAAUAAAGACAGGAUAAAAUUUAUUUGGUUCCAAAAUUUCUGGGUUGAGAAACAAAUCAAAUAUAUCGUUCUACUUUCAUAAACUCAAUAUGCUGGGGAGAAUAUAUUCCUGAACCCCAACUUUGACAAAUUGCAGGCAAAAGAGAUAGGGAACAACAACAUCGAGUUAUCCAAUUCAAGUUAAGUGUAUUUUUCUUACGUUCUUAAACACUAGUGAACCGCAUAAGGGGAGCUCCAUUGGAAGUCCAAUCCAAGGUUGUAUUGUGGAAGUAGACUGCGAUAUUCAUUUCGAAGACUUCUGCAUUUGCUUGGGCUUUCUAGUAUAA